AUGAUUGAUCACAUUCUCGAAGAGAUUUUACAGCACUUGAGUGUCAAAGAAUUGUAUCGAUUGGAGAGGACUUCCGCACAGUUUGCGUGUUGUGUGGGAACAGCUCUUAGGGAUAAACGUAUGUUAAGUGUGGGUCGAGAGGGACUCGAAGAAUGCAAUAUCACUGAAGCCAUCGCUAGAAAAGAAUUGAUUCGUCGCAAAAAUUAUGACGGACUGAGUGUUGAUUACAAAUACGAUUUGAUGGCCAGUCAUCACGCGUUGACUUCAAUGCUAACAAAGUUUCCACUCAUUCAAGAUAUGAUUUUGAGGCGAGUUAUUGUUGACUACAAGACCAUAGAUCUAGUCAUCCGUUUCUGUCCUCGACUUUCACGCUUAACAUUGAUUUCAUACAGAGACAUGUCUUUCAAUCGGGACAACAGUUUUGAGGCUAAUGUCAGAAAUUAUCAUCAAAAUAGUGUCACAACCGAUGGAUCAGAUGAACGCCAAUUGAAUGGCGCCGUCGAAGACACCGCUGUUGUCGACAAUAACACCAACGAAGACAAUAAUGCGGCCAUCGAUGGAGACAACAGUAUUAAAGCCACGAGAGGUAACAUAUCGUACGAAGAGGUGAGCGAUGACUAUCUGGACACCGAUCCGGACGACGACCCGGAAGAGGACGAGUCCGAGUCGACCAUCAGUUUAGAUGAUAGCUGUCGACCGAAGGCGAGCGCCGGAGCGUUGAUGGGCCGACUCGGCGGCAGUCAAGACAACGGCGCCGUCGACCGCUUCGCGUCGGAACCACUGCCCGAAACGGUGACGGUAUUGGACGGACCCAAUGGCGCCAAACUAUAUCUCGUGGGAACCGCUCACUUCAGUGAGAAGAGCCAACAGGAUGUCAGCCAAACAAUCCUAAGAACUCAGCCCAACAUUAUUGUCCUCGAGUUGUGUGAAAGCCGUUUAAGUAUACUAUCGAUGGACGAGAAGACAAUUCUGGAGGAAUCGUCAACAAUGGGCGUCGCGAAGAUCAGACAUAACAUACGCGAACACGGCUUAGUCCAGGGGGUGAUGUACGCCCUAUUGCUCAGCCUAUCGGCCCAUUUGACCAAACAGUUAGGUAUGGCUCCGGGCGGAGAGUUCAGGCGCGCCUUCAAUGAGGCGAGUAAAAUUCCCGGAUGUGUUGUCCAUUUGGGCGAUCGACCCGUUCACACAACCCUACGGCGGGCCAUAUCAUCGCUAACGGUAUGGCAGAAAGUAAGGCUCGCUUUCGGUAUUAUAUUCAACAGCGAAUCCAUCAGUAAAGAGGAGAUCGAAAAAUGCAAACAAAAAGAUCUUUUGGAGCAAAUGUUGAUCGAAAUGUCGGGUGAGUUCCCGGAACUGAGUCGCGUGUUUCUGGAGGAAAGGGACGCAUACCUGGCCUACAGUCUAUGGUUGGCCACAGCGCCCAUUCCCCACAUGGACUCACCCACAGGCUAUCACCCGGCCGUUGUGGUCGGUGUUGUGGGCAUCGGUCACGUGGCGGGCAUUGUCAAGAAGUGGGGAACCGUUAGGGACGAAGACAUUACCGAACUUCUCACGUAUACUAUUCAUACAUUUUUAAUACCGGAAACAUCUCUGACCACAAAGAUAGUGAAGAAGUCACUGAAGUACACGUUCAUAGGUUUGGCCGUUUGGGGCUGUUAUCGGCUGUUUGUGCCCAACACUAUCAACACCGCCUUAUCUCACGCCUCUCUCCAGACCAUCGAUUGGAUUCAGAAAUCUAUUCACAAAUAA